AUGAGCAGACAUCCUGCAACGAGCAAAAGCUUUGAUGUGCCUCGAACGCCUACAUCAAACCACAAGACUAUCUUACCACCAAAACACGAUAUGCCGAAAGCGCUUGCAAAUUCUGAUGAUCUUGAUGAACUGGAAGUUCUUGAAGUAUCCUCGUCCUCGCCCCGGAAACGUGCGCGUGCAGAUUCAUCAGAGGUCGAAACUAGAACUUGGGAGUCAUUCGCGCCAAAUCCUGUGUACACUAUGACGUCUUGGGUAUGUCUCGGCAUGUUUCGGCCAUCGGUUUUGUGUAUGUAUGGUUUGCCACCGGAAUUGCGCAAUGACACCCCUGAUGCCAACGCACUCGUCAACCGUGCAAGCAAUGGGAUUUCGUUUUGGGCAGAACCAGGAUACCAUCCUGUGUGCAUCCAUCAAAGUGGUUCAUCAUCGUUUUCGCAUAAUAUGUACUCUAGUUUUUUGCGCACACCCGCCACGUCCUAUGACCUUGCGGUAUCAACACUGAAGCCAUCGACGCAUACCGCGUCCCAACCGGUCGCCCUAAAUGAAUACGGGCGAGUUUCUGAGAAAGUAAGCAAGAUGCUACAGCCCCUAUUGCAACAUGGUGUUGUGCAUUGCGUGUCGCGUGCAAGCCUCGUCUCGCCGCUCAAAGCACGAGCCUUUGCGCAACAGAUCGAGACACUCAUAUUCACAAGAGGAUCAAAUGAACUGGCGGUGCUGCAAGCGCUUAGGCUGGCAGGGAUCACUCUUGAAGUGCCCACGACGUACCGAGCGCAAGAUUAUCCUGGAGCACCGACCUUGCGCGUACCUUUGCAGCCGCAGGUCGAGGAGACAUUGCCUGAACAAAUAGAGCCUUUGUACAUGACCCCGAUGCUAUCAUCGCAAACCAGGAUUCAACAAGAUGACCCGCAUGCACAAAUCAAUGCUAUUUAUGCUGCUUUGGAGCAGACAGAAAAGCUGGACGAGACAGAGGCUGGCCCUUUGAUUGUGACGUCGCUUUUUUCGCACCAGAAGCAGGCGCUUACGUUUUUACUGGAACGAGAGCGACAAAGAGAUUUUCUCGAGCUAUUGAGAAAAGACAAUCCUCCCAACCAUAUUUCGCUUUGGACUAUAUUGAAACGAGCUGAUUCAACCAUCGACAAGUACAAGAACACAGUGACCGGCCUGACUCGACGAGGCCGCCCAAGUGUUUGUCGCGGUGCCAUAUUGGCAGAUGAUAUGGGCCUUGGAAAAACGCUGACGACGAUUUCUCUCAUCGCACAUACCUAUGAUGAAGCGUGUACCUUUGGGCAAAGCGAAUUGAAAGGGGAUGGUGAAGACGAUGAUGACGAGCCACUUUUGAUCGGCGACUCACGAAACAAGCGCACGGCGGAACAAGCACGUAUGGAGGAGCUUCGUUGUCGGAGUCGUGCGACGCUCCUGGUGUGUCCACUAACUGUCGUAUCAAAUUGGGAGUCACAGAUCCGCGAGCACUGGCACCCUGACAAGCAACCUACCGUUUAUGUGUAUCACGGGUCGGGCCGCACAACAAAUCCACAUGUGCUUGCAGAUUACGACAUUGUCAUCACGACGUAUUCGACGCUCGGAAACGAGUUUUCGAACCAAACGACUUGGUCAGCGGCGGCUGGCCGCUCAGACGAAGACAUCAGCUCGACGCCCAAAGCCAACCGCCUCGAGUCGCCCAACACAUGCCAGCGUGUUGAAUGGUUCCGCAUCGUGCUUGAUGAGGCUCACAUUGUGAAAGAGGCACGUACCUGGCAGUCUAAAGCCGUAUGUAAUCUUUCAGCGACGCGACGCAUUUGCUUGACUGGUACGCCAAUCCAGAACCGCAUCGACGACUUGUAUGCGCUGCUGGUAUUUUUGCGCCUUGAUCCCUUCGUGGACCGCGCCGUCUGGAGCCGAUUCUGCGGCGACCGAGUGCACAUUCGCUUGAAUUCGGCGUCAUCGGGUGUCAAGCUGGACCCCGACUCGCUCAAGCGUGUGCAAACAAUCAUGAAAUUCCUUACUUUGCGCCGUAUGAAGUCCGACACCAAAGCAGAUGGCCAACCCUUACUGAAGCUUCCGCCCAAAAGUACGCGGAUCGUCACUCUCGAGUUUAACGAGUCUGAACGGGCAAAGUACGAGCGCCUUCACUCUCGAUUCCGCGAAGAGUUUAUUGGGUAUGUGUCGGAAGGAACGGUCGGCUUGAAUUAUACUACGAUUCUGCAUGAGAUUCUCAUCUUGCGUAUGAUGUGCGAUCAUGCGGCACUGGUAGACGACAGCAUCAAAAACCAAUCGCUAGAACAGGCAGAGAAUCAUGAGCUCGAUGAUCAGCAGCAGAAGCAGCAUGCAAUGUUGUCCAUGAACUCAUAUCCCAAACAAAGCGUUACUCUAGACCGACAACAUCACACCAAGAUUCGCUCCACGAUUGGGCAGGGUGACUUGAUGUACUGCGCGCUGUGCCAGAGCGACUGUGUGCAAAUCGACGAAGAUGUCAUGCGAAGACCUGUGAUGACCAAGUGCCAGCACCUGCUUUGUGGUGCGUGUGCACAAGAGCAUCUUGAUAUGGCAUGGCCCUCAACAGGCGCCAUUCAUGCAGUGAGGAUUUGUCCCGUAUGUGAACGCCCGUUGGAUGUCGAGUCUGAAAUCUCGCCACACCAAUCUGACGUCGCUGGAGAAGGCAUUGAGGCACACGUCACGCCUCAGGACACGGGAGAGACGGGACCGUUUCUACCGCUCAAGCCAGAAACUUGGCCUGCAUCCUGGAGCACGAAACUUCGUGCGCUCAUCUCGGAUCUGCUGCCAUUUUCUCGGUGCAAUCCAUCGUCCGAGCUUUUUGACCCAAGUGCACCGAUCCUAGACCAUUGUGUGAAGGAGGACUUCGAGUCUCAGACGACGUCUGUAGAAGUCCGUGUUUGCAGACGGCAUGAGCCACGGCCAAACCCUAUCAAGUCUGUGAUCUUUUCACAGUGGACACGCAUGCUUGCGAAAGUAAAGGAGGCGCUGCUACACGCAGGAAUAGGGUUCCGGCAGCUGGAUGGCACAAUGAAGCGUGAGCACCGAGAAGGGGCCAUGUCAGAAUUUCAGCAGGAUCCGAAGAUUGAAGUGUUCCUCGUGAGCCUGCGCGCAGGUGGCUUUGGCUUGAAUCUCGUUGCCGGAUGUCGUGCAUACCUGCUAGACCCAUACUGGAAUCCAGCCGUUGAGCAGCAAGGCUUGGAUCGUAUCCACCGCCUUGGACAGAAGCGGCCCAUUGUCAUGACAAAAUUCAUCAUGCAAAGAAGCAUUGAGGAAAAGCUUCUUGAGCUUCAGAAACGCAAGCUGGAACUAGCGAGUCAGGUUGGCCGCCGCACAGACCGCCGCACAGACCAUGAUGCAAAGCAGCAGCGGACAGAAGAUCUGCGCUUACUUCUAUCGUAA